CGCAGGAGGUGUAGAGAUUCGUGGCUGUUCGACUUUGCUCCUUCGACGACUUUCCCUUCCUGUCGGAUCGGAAGUUACGACAUUUUGAUCGGAAGCAACAACGUGAGUUCGCUGGCUGUGAAGGUAAAUUUCCACCUUUCGCGCGCUGAUGAGGAAGCGGAUAGGUCGCGGCGGCGGUCGCUCGCCAUUUUCCCCAUCAUCAGUCAUGGAUCGAUCCAAACUUAUUCGCCGCAUCCAAACCCUAAAUCUAAACGCCUCCCCUGACCCAGAUAUCGUCAUUCAGCGCCUUCGCGACCAAUACCCCGACUACGCUCGGAUAAAGAUCCGGCCAUUCUCCGCCCGACUCAGCGAAGUAUUACAAUACAUCCGCAAUGGUAAUUCUAAACCCCUCGCCGCAGGAAACACCUCAUCGUCCUCAUUUUCCGAUUGCGAGAGGUCAUCUCGCAGAAAGCGUGGAAAGGAGGACGUAUUUGAGGAGCGGCUCCUUCGUGCAGAGUCCAAGCAUCUUCGCCUGUUGCAAGUAAACCAGGUCGCCCCUUCCUCGCAGUCCGAAUCGUCAGAUGAUUCAACUUCCACUUCCGAUGAUGCUGCUUUUGAGGGGAAUAUUGAACCGGAGUUCGACGUGACGAAAUCCAUGCUCCGGGAGAGGUAUGUCAAACAAUCAGAGCAGAGCUUUAAAAAAGGGAAGGAGGAGAAGAAUCUUGAGAUUGAGGCAAUUGCUGAUGAGAAGAGGAAGAUUGAGAUCCCGAUGAAAAAGGGUGGGGGAAGUGGGAAGGAGGCUCCUGUAGUGGGUCUGGGAGCUAUUGACAGUGAUCAUAGGAGUAAAAUUGUGAGUUGGGAGACUGGGAGAGAAGGGCCGAGGUUUCAGGAUCUCGGAGGCCUUAACAUGGUUUUGGAGGAUUUGAUGAUGGAGGUGAUUGUACCGUUGUGCCAUCCAGAGCUGCCCAAAAGGCUUGGGGUGAGACCGACAGCCGGAAUAUUGUUGCAUGGUCCGCCUGGGUGUGGGAAGACAAAACUUGCUUAUGCAAUUGCGAAUGAGACUGGCGUGCCAUUCUACAAAAUUUCUGCUACUGAAGUGAUUUCUGGUGUCUCAGGUGCAUCUGAAGAAAGCAUACGUGACCUUUUCAACAAGGCAUACCGAACUGCUCCUUCCAUUGUAUUCAUUGAUGAGAUAGAUGCCAUUGCUUCCAAGAGGGAAAACUUACAAAGGGAGAUGGAACGUAGAAUAGUGACACAGCUUAUGACUUGCAUGGAUGAGUCACCGCAAAUUCUGAGAGCAAUUGAUAGUGAUUAUGGCCCAGAAGCAUCUGAAAAAAUAACAAAUAGAAUGUCUGGUUACGUUCUUGUAAUUGGAGCUACAAACAGACCCGAUGCAAUUGAUCAAGCUCUGAGGAGACCUGGACGCUUUGAUAGAGAGAUAGCUUUAGGUGUCCCUGAUGAAAAUGCGCGUGCAGAAAUAUUGUCAGUGCUGACUCGUAAUCUUAGAAUUGAGGGAAAAUUUGAUCGCUUCUUGAUAGCCAGGUUCACACCAGGUUUUGUUGGUGCUGAUUUGGCAGCAUUGGUGAGUAAAGCUGGUAAUCUGGCUAUGAAGAGAAUAAUAGAUAAAAGAAGGCUUCAACUUAAGGAAAAUGUUGACUGGUGGAGGCAUCCGUGGUCGCCUGAAGAAAUUGAGAACCUUAGCAUUACUAUGCUUGACUUUGAGGAAGCUACAAAAUUGGUCCAGCCCUCUACUAGAAGAGAGGGAUUUUCCUCGAUUCCUAAUAUCAAAUGGGAGGAUGUUGGUGGCCUUGAUUCAUUGAGGAAAGCAUUUAAUCGUUACAUUAUUCAACGCAUAAAGCAUCCAGAGGAUUAUGAGGAACUUGGGGUGGACAUGGAGGUUGGUUUUAUGCUUUAUGGACCUCCCGGAUGUGGUAAAACAUUGAUUGCAAAAGCUGUGGCCAAUGAGGCUGGUGCCAACUUUAUUCACAUUAAGGGUCCUGAAAUUUUGAGGAAGUAUGUUGGAGAAAGCGAGGAAGAAGUUAGAACAAUAUUUAGACGUGCAAGGACUUGUUCUCCUUGCAUACUUUUCUUUGAUGAAGUGGAUGCAUUAACACCUAAGCGAGGAAGAGAGGGUGCUUGGGUUGUGGAACGGGCCCUGAAUCAGCUGCUUAUAGAACUAGAUGGUGCUGAUCAGCGGCAUGGUGUUUAUGUCAUUGGAGCUACAAAUAGGCUUGAAGUGAUCGACCCUGCUAUUCUACGGCCUGGUAGAUUUGGAAGGCUAUUUUAUGUUCCACUUCCGAGCGCUGAUGAACGGGGUUUGAUUUUAAAAGCACUUGCUCGCAAGAAGCCCGUUUCUCCAGAUUUUGAUUACAAUGUGUUUACCUCUAGAGAGGCUUGCAUGAAUCUAUCUGGGGCUGAUCUUGCAGCUUUGGUGAAUGAAGCAGCCAUGACUGUUAAGGAGGAGAAACAAAUGUAUGUGGACCAAGGGAUUUCAUAUGAUGAACCAUUGAUGAUCAAGACAUCACACUUUGAGAAGGCUCUUGAAAAGAUUAUCCCAUCAGUCUCAGAGCAGCAAAGGCGUUACUAUGAGGCCUUGUCACAGAACUUCAGAACAGCAUAAGAUGAGACCCUCAAAUCAACUUGAUAAGCACAAUAUUUUUUACUUAAGAGUGUGAAAUUGUAGGUUAGUUCUGCUAAAUUUGUUAGCAUGGAGUGUUUUAAAGGUCUAUUAUUUUUAUUGAGCUGAUCAUGAAAAGUUCCAUCAAGAUGUUGUUUCUACAUGCUUUGUAAAAUCUUUCUAGUAUUUUAGAUUAUCUAUUUUUUCCUUUUUGUGGACAUAGUUGUAUAAUUAGGAAAACAUUUAAAAGCAGUGGUUAUCGGAAACCUUGUAUAUUUCCAUGUUUAGCAUUCUUCCUUCUACAUCAAUUAUCAUUUUCUUCCCUAUGAAUUAUUUGUACCAACCUAUUCUUAUCUUCUAUGCCUGUUUGGCUGUGA